AUGGGAAGUACUUGCUGCCAUAAAUAACUAUAGCCAACCUUAUCUUCGGGUACAUGAUUAAUAAUAUCUGCAACAGAACUAAUAUGUGAUAACAACAAUGUUUCUAUAAUUAAAAAGUCUAAUCAUUAAGAGGAAAGUCCAGGCGAGCCACCAUAAAAAUAAGCAUCUUAAGGAGUUUCAAUUCCUUAGGUUUAUGAAGAAGUAUCGAUGCUAAAUUAGUUGAAACAUCAAGUGCCUGCCUUAAAAUUUAGCAAUACUAAAGGAACUAUGCAUGAUGAAAGACCAUUAAAGGAUUCGAAGGAGUCUUUUGAGCCUUCAGAAAAAUCAGAUCAAGUAGAUGAAGCAAAGGAAGACUGCGAAUUAAAAAAGGAGGAAGUUGUUUAAAAUCCUUUAGAAAAAAUAGUUUAAGCAGAAAAAUAGGAGAGAUUAAAUGAAGCUUAAUAAAAGUAGUAAUAAGAUACAGGAACAAAAAAGUCUCCAGCAACAUCUUAAAAGACUGUACCUCGUGGUCCCAUAGAUCAUAGUCCAAGUAGAAAACCUAGUAUGGCUUCAGUAGGCUCAUUAUCUGUAAAAAUUGGGGUGGAAUUAUUCGUAAAUUUAAAAAAAUAAUCAAUUACAAAAGUAUAUACUCUUGGAUAGGUUUUGGGUUAAGGUGCAUUCGGAAAAGUAUGGAAAGUAACUCAUAAAACAACAGGUAUUAAAUAUCUAUAAAUUAUGAGGUUUAAUUAGAGCUAUGAAACAAAUUCGAAAAUAAGAAUUAAUUAAGGAAGAUGAAUAAAAAAUGUUUUCAGAAAUGAAUCUAUUAAAAAAUCUAGAUCAUCCUAAUGUUGUUAAAUUAUACGAAUUGUAUUAAGAUUCUAAUAAUUAUUAUUUGAUAACAGAGUAUUAAUAAAUAUAUUUUAGAUAUUUAUGUGGAGGUGAAUUGUUCGAAAGAAUUAAAAAAAUGAAUUCCUUUAGUGAGAAAAGAGCUAGUGAUUUAAUGAGAUAAAUAUUAAUGGCAGUAGUGUAUUGUCAUGAUUAGAAAAUUGUUCAUAGAGAUUUAAAGCCCGAGAAUGUACUCUUUUCUGGGACUGAACCUGAAGCAUUACUAAAGGUUAUUGAUUUCGGAUGUUCUAGAAGAUUUAAUACUUAAAAGAAUAUGACUAAAAGAUUAGGAACUGUAUUUAAUUAUUAAUAUAUAUAUUAUAGCCAUAUUAUAUAGCACCAGAAGUCUUGAAUCAUAAUUAUAAUGAAAAAUGUGAUGUCUGGUCCUGUGGAGUAAUUUUAUAUAUUUUAUUAUGUGGAUAUCCUCCAUUCACAGGAAAAAAUGAGAAUGAAAUAUUCGAAAAAGUAAAAUUAGGAAAAAUCAAAUUCCCAAGUAUAUUUUAUUUUAUUAAUUUUUUCAAUAGUUGAAGAAUGGGAUACUAUUAGUAGAGAAGCUAAAAAUUUAAUUUAAAGAAUGCUUUAAGUAGAUGUUAAUUCUAGAUAUUCAGCAUCUUAAGCAUUAAAUGAUCCUUGGAUUUAAAAACAUGCACCUAAUACUUAAAUUAAUAAAAAAGUACUUGAGAAUUUGGCACAAUUUCAAGCUAAAAGUGAAUUUCGAUCUGCCAUUGUGUAAUAUAUUAUUAGUCAAAUGACAACCAAUAAAGAGUUGGAAGAUCUUUAAAGAACAUUCCAAUCUUUAGAUAAAAAUAAAGAUGGGGUAUUAAAUAAAGCAGAAUUAGUAGAAGGAUAUACUAAAAUUUUAAAAAGUAGAGAAUAAGCUGAAGAAUAUGUUGAAAAGAUUAUUUCUAAACUUGAUAAAAAUUAAUCAGGAGUUAUUGAAUUUAAUGAAUUUUUAAUGGCUGCAAUCAACGAAGAAAAGAUUAUACCUAUUAAAAAGGUUGAAUAAGCAUUCAAGAUUUUCGAUUCUGAUGGAGAUGGUUACAUAAGUAAAUAAGAAAUAGAAGAAAUCAUGGGAGAAUUGAAUGCCGAUGUUUGGAAACUCUUUUUAGAAGAAACAGAUGGAAAUAAUGACGGCAGGAUAUCUUAUGAAGAAUUCUAUAAAUUAAUACUGAACAAAUGA